GUUGCGUCACCGCAGCCCUUGAGGAAGAAUUUAUUGUUGUUAACAUAUUUAUAAUAACUUAAGUAUUAUCGUUGAUCCUUGUAAUGCGUGAGAAAAGGUUAUAACAGAAGCAUAUUUAUAUGAACAAAGGUUUAUAAAGGUCAGAAGGAUCAACGCAUCAUACAUGUUUAACUCUUUUUCGUCAACUCAUAGUGAUUUUUACCCUCCUACUAACAUAAAUGACGGACAAGACUCUUCUUCACGCACACAUAAUCUAAGCUCUCGUAAAAUUUUAUCUAGAAUAAGCUCAGGAGACUCGACAAAAAUUUACAGUGGAAAAAGCAGUAAACCUAUAUCAAAUAAUAAAGAUGGAAUAUUUUUAGUCACUAUUUUCGGUGUUCCCCUAAAUCUUGAGAAAGAAGAAUUUAUUAGUUGGCUUCAUAAAGAAGGAAGCCCCGAAAUUAAUUUUGCUAACUUCCGUUUUUCUGAAAAAAAUGUGAAAAGACCAAAUACGAAAAAUUGUUUGUUAAAUACUAACCAAGAGGGCGUUGACUUAAUUUUAAGGCUUAAAAGAAAGCGACUCGGUGCAAACAUACUGACUAUGUACGUCCGGCCGGCGAAAGAUAUUGAAAAAACAGCCACGAAGUUUUCUAGUGAAGUUAAUUUUGGAAAUCCUGCUCGCGUAGGCUUUCCUCCUUCUAAUCCUUUUUAUGCUCAAGUAGAAAUUACUCCACACUCUGUCCUUGAAUUCUUAAAUUUGUACUAUAAUAUCUACGACGCUGAUAAUAAGGAUGAUCGCCAGCAGUUGUUGGAAGCUUACGCUCCGGAAGCUAAACUUACCUUUAUACGAGUUCACUCCAAUGGAAGUGAACAUUCGCGAUCACUUGAGAAAAAGCUUAACGUCAUCCAUUAUCUUGCCAAUCAGUGCAAAACGAAACACGACCGAAGCGGGUUUCUUGUCGAUCUUCACCAGAUCCCUGGUCAACCUGCCUCCCUAUUUGUCCACGUGGCUGGGACGUUUGAAGAAUUAGACGAUAAGACGCAGAAGAUCUAUAAGUACGACUUCACAAGGCUGUUCACGCUGCUCCAGUUAAUCAGCGGCGCGUUUCAGAUUUCGCACGAUAUGUUUAUCGUCGUUCCGCAUGUAGCCAAUAGACAGGCCGAUCCCCAACUGACGGCUUCGGGUGAGGCUGGUCCGACCCCUUUAACUUCUAAACAGAAGCAGAUGGUGGAGAAGUUUCUAGAGGACUUCAGGGUGUCUAGAGAAGAAGCUUUGGCUUUCCUGCAAGAAUUUAAUUUUGAUUAUAAUCUCUCUUGUGAGAGGUAUAAUCUGGUUCGCGCUUUGAUGAAGAACACCCGUCUCACCAUGGAAUACGCCAUUCUAUGUUUAAAAGGUGCUAAUUGGCAGCUUGAACAGGCACUUUACCUCUUUAGCUCCAAAAAAGAUACUUUACCGCCUAACGCUUUUUUCGGUUUUCACAGUUAAAAUUAUACCGCCAAUUUUUUUUUAUUACGGACCGUGUAAUAACUAUAUAAUAAA